CAUAGACAGAGGGAAAAGGUCUCCGUCGGCUGCAGAAGUAGGCUCAAAGUGUCACCGCUGCCUUGAAGAACAGGUUUUAGCCGAGCAAGAUGUCCUCUUCUUCAUGGAAUUGGCUGUUAGUUUUCACAAUUGCAAUCACAUUCUCACAAGCAAAAGGCACUUACUACUAUGGUUAUGACCCGGCGCCGACUACCGAGUCGCCUGCAUGUCCAUCAUAUAUCACCUCAAACAAAAAUGUAAAAUUCACCGCCUCGACCAGCAGCCAUGGGCCUGGGCACCCAAAAAUAAAUAGCAACGACGUAUGGUGUGCGGCAACUAUCAACAAACAACAAUAUCUUAUUGUUGAUUUAGGUGGUGUUGUCACAAUAGAUCAGUUGGCUGUACAAGGAAAAGCAAGCACAAAAAAAUCAGUUUCAUCGUAUUAUGUAAAAACAAGUAAAGACGGAUUUACUUUUUCUUACAUCCUUGAUGAAAGUGGAUCACGUCCUGAGGCAUUUUGGGGUAAAAUAAAGAAUGGUGAUGAUGUGGCGAAAACAGUUUUGAAGAAACCUGUCAAUGCACGAUAUGUAUUGUUUAAUCCGAGAGAACCACUUACUGCCUCAAACGGUCUCUGCCUGCGAGUGGACGUAAAUUUGUGCGCCGGAGACCUAACACCGAUAAAUGGUAGAUGGACGACUUGGUCCAGUUGGUCAGGAUGUUCUCAGCAGUGCAAUAUUUAUGGUCAAGGCUCUGGAUAUGGCAUCAGGAGUCGGUAUAGGAGUUGUACAAAUCCCAUUCCUACAUUCCAAGGAGCCGCAUGCAGAGGGAAUUCGGGUGAAGAUGGCUUUUGCCCCAACGGCUGCGCUUCUCAAGUGAAUGGACAAUGGGGCCACUGGUCACAAUGGUCUGGCUGUAGUAAAACUUGUGGUGACGGGACAGCAACGCGAACAAGGAAAUGUAACAAUCCUCCUCCAUCUGGAGGCGGUUCCUCUUGUACGGGAGACGCAAAACAAACUAAGGAUUGCAGCGAUCGUUUGCAUUGUCCAAUUAAUGGUGCAUGGUCUCACUGGUCCAACUUUGGAGGAUGCUCGGUGAGCUGUGGCGGAGGAAGACAGACACGGCAUAGGAUAUGCAACAACCCACAACCACAGCAUGGUGGCCAUGAUUGUGCGGGAAAUGAUUUCGACCAUCAAAACUGUAACUCUGACCCGUGUCCAAUUAAUGGAGGCUGGACUCAUUGGCAGUCAUGGUCAGGCUGCUCUGCGACGUGCGGAGGAGGUUCACAGACGCGCAAGCGCUCUUGCAACGAUCCACCACCACAACAUGGCGGCCAUCAGUGUAGCGGAAGCGAUACAGAUCGUCAGUCUUGCAACACUCAAAACUGCCCAGUUAAUGGAGGAUGGACUCAGUGGACACAAUGGUCUGCCUGUGACAAAACGUGUGGUGGUGGAAACUCCAAUCGACACAGGCAAUGUACAAACCCUCCACCACAGAACGGUGGUAAAACAUGCCCAGGAAAUAAAAAUGAAUAUCGGAGUUGCAAUUCUCAAGGAUGCCCAGUCAAUGGUGGUUGGAGUGCGUGGGGUCAGUGGUCAGGCUGCAGUAAGACCUGCGAUGGACAACGAACAAGGCACCGCUCAUGCACUAAUCCUUCACCAUCCAACCAUGGAGCCUCUUGCCCUGGGUCAAGAGUACAAUCUGAAGCGUGCAAUGUGGGGAAGUGUCCAGGCCCAGUAGAUGGCAGCUGGACAGCCUGGAGUGAAUGGUCGACCUGUACAAAAUCGUGCAGUGGAGGAACACAAAGGAGGACAAGAUCUUGCACCAACCCUAAACCCGCACACGGCGGGAAGAGCUGUGUGGGUGGGACAGAGGAGUCCCAGCAGUGCAACAAACAAGCAUGUCCAGUGGAUGGCGGGUGGACUCCGUGGAACUCAUGGACAGAAUGCAGUGCUACAUGCGGAGGUGGAACGCGAUCAAGAACACGAGCCUGUACUAAUCCACCACCGUCUGGUGACGGAUCAGGAUGUAUUGGCAGCUACGUGGAGGUCGAACAGUGCAAAACGCAUUCGUGUCCAGUGAACGGCAAAUUCUCUCCGUGGACUCAAUGGCAACAAUGCAGCAAGACGUGUGGAGGAGGAACUCAAACCAGGACCCGGCGGUGUGAUAGUCCUUCUCCCUCCAAUGGUGGGAAGGCCUGUACUGGAGAUACUUUCCAGACUCGAGAGUGUAACACCAAUACCUGCCCAGUUGAUGGUAUGUGGUCAAACUGGGCAAGUUGGACUGUCUGUAGCAGGACAUGCGGUGGCGGAACACAAUCAAGAAUGCGUCAGUGUGAUAGCCCGCAGCCGUCCAAUGGUGGGAAACGUUGUCUUGGCCAUGAUACAGAGACAAGGGAAUGCAAAACCCAGACUUGUCCAGUUGAUGGCGGAUGGACUCCAUGGGCUACAGGACCAUGCAAUGUUCUUUGUGGCGAUGGAAAACGCAACCGAACAAGAACGUGCACCAAUCCACCCGCCUCGGGAGGCGGUGACGACUGUAUGGGAACAACCUUUGAAACAGAGAACUGUAACCCUGGACCUUGUAAAACAACUCCAACGCCAACGGCAACGGCAGUGCCUACACCUACUAUAGAUCCGAAUAUCCCCAAAAUCGACCUCGUGUUUGCCUUAAGUGCUACAUCAGUAUCCUCUUCACUAUCUUACGAGCUAAUGAGAAACACCAUCAAGCGAUUCAUCGACAGAUAUGGGGUAAACAACAUCCAUUACAGCAUCAUUGUCUACGGCAACCAAGUAGUCCGGGUGGUCAAUUUUAACAGAACCUUUCCUCUCUCCGCAAAUGAGCUCAAAAUAGCCAUUGAUAAACAACCUGCUUUGUCCGGGGGCCCUGUGCUGAUAAAUGCACUACAAGAAGCCUACCGGGUCUUUAAAGAGAGUGUUGGACGACCGGGUGCCAAGAAGGUCUUGGUAGUUAUGACAGAUAAGAAUUCUGGUUCGCGUCCAAACUUCUUGAGCCAAGCAGUCAGACCUCUAGAAGAUCUCGGGGUCUUAGUGAUUUCGGUAGGAGUAGGAGAUGGAGUAUCCAGAAGCGAGUUGAGUAUCAUUUCACCUAACCCGUUGGAUGUCAUAUCCGCUCGUCUGAGCAUCAAUCCAUCAGUACUGGCAGUGCGUAUAAUGGAAAGGAUUCUCAAACUUAAUUUCCCGGACGUAGACGUUGGUUUUGCAAUCAGUGCAGCAUCAGCCAAUUCAGAUGAAAUCUUCAGUCUAAUGAAAGAAAUAAUCAACACCAUUAUUGACCGUUAUGGAGUCAAUAAAGUCCGGUUUAGCUUUAUCAUUUACGGAAGCAGGGUAACAACCAGAUUCACCUUUGACAAUGCACCAAUUACUCAAGAGGAACUUAUCAAGGCAGUAAAUGGAACCGACAAGGUCACUGGAGACCCUGACCUCGAAAAGGCUCUAGAAGAAGCCGAAAAGCUGUUUACAAAGUCAUCCAGGCCGAACGCUACUAAAGUGUUCGUUGUGCUCUCAGAUAUCGUCGGAGCUGGAGAUGACAACUCGCUCAUUGCUAAUGCUGCUAGGUUACGAAAGAGGGGUGUGCUCAUUCUGUCAGUGGGAUUUGGACAACAAGUGAACGCAAUUGGUAACCAGAUGACAAAGGUGGUUAUAACUCAAAGUGAUUACAUACGUGUGCCGGAUUUGACAACACAGAGGCCAGUUGUGAUAGCAGAGACCAUCAUGUUUAAAGCACUGCAAGCUAAUAUUCCAGAGAUCGACCUGACUUUUGUCAUCAGUGCCACCUCGGAUUUAGCCGAUAGAACAUUCACAUUGAUGAAGUCCACUAUCAAUUCAAUAAUUGAAAAGUAUGGAAUCGUCCGAAUACAUUACACCGUGAUUGUGUUUGGGUCUGACUUUACAAGAAGUUUUGACUUCUCUACCAAUGUGCCAAACAAAACAACAUUGAUCCGUUUGCUGACGCGACUUCAGAGGGAGACUGGCACUCCAGACCUGGAGAAGGCUCUUCAAGAGGUCAAGAAAGUCUACGAGCUGAGGGAGGUCCGGCCUAACGCGAAAAAAGUAGUUGUGGUCAUUUUGGACGAAAAAUCGGUCAAUACAGAAGUUCAGGUGAAAACAGCUGUUACCGAUUUGGUUCAGAAGAAUGUUUUGGUCAUCGGCGUCGGUGUCGGAGGAUCAGUGGAUCGAAAUGAGCUUAUAUACAUAACUGAGGAAAACCGAAAUAUCAUUGAGGUAGAACCAACGGAGAGGCCAGAGGAAGUCGCAAGGGAGAUUAUGUCAAUCAUUUUAAGAACUUCCGGUUAUUCACAGUGGUCUGAAUGGGGCGCAUGCUCAAGAACCUGUCGCCAAAGGGGCGUCGCCGGGACAAGACAACGCACGCGCACUUGUGUUAUUCCUGAACUAGGUUGUGAUGGCCCUCGUCAGAAUUUUGAAGAAUGCAACAAAAUCGACUGCGAAGGUUGUGGGGAAAGGACUCAACUCAGUGACUCAAACUACAGUGCCUCCACUGCAGUCCAACCAGCUAGCUUUGCCAAGCUGGACACUUCCAACCCGAGCGCAUCUCAAAGAGCCUGGUGCAGAAAUGCCAACGAAGUUGGUGGCUAUUUGCAGAUAGACCUGGGGGAAACUGCUGAUGUUUACCAGGUGGCCACAAAAGGUCAGGAACAAAAUGAUAGAUGGGUCAGGAGUUAUUACAUAACGCUGAGUUCAGAUGGUAACUCCUUCUUUAACUAUACUCAAGGCGGAAGAACGAAGGCAUUCUCUGGCAAUCGGGAUUCGAGAUCCGUUGUUUUCAACAACAUCAAUGCCUCACAAGCCGUUCGAUAUGUCCGUUUCCAUCCAAUCACAUUUAACGAGCAACCGUGUAUGCAAGCAUCGGUGUUUGCGUGUACUGAAUCAUCGACGCCAACAGUAGCAUCUGCUCAAAUAUCAGAAGAAGCAGGAAAUGGAGUUUUGAUCGCUUUGUGGAUAUUGGCUGGAAUUUUAACUUUCCUUCUUCUCUUGGCCUGUUUGUACUAUUGUUGCUGGCAUGUUUGCUGCAAGAGAGGAAAGAAGAGGAAAGGUCUGGCAGCCUUCAGAGAAGAAACAUCCACAGAGGAAGAUGGCGGGUACCUUAUAGAAGACGGUGAAAGUAAGAGAAGGAAUCUUCCUGCGGUUGCCAUGGUGCCAAGAGUACCAAAGGUCGACAAGGUUCCCGAAGACGAGGUGCAAGAGGUUAGCAUCGAGAUGAAAGAAGAUAGUGCCCAGCUUGGCGUCAUCCAAUUUGGCAUAGAAGCCGAUAACACAAAAGACCAACACGUGACUGCAGAAACUGUCCACUCUGAGACUCCAUUGUAUUCCCAAGAGGUCAACACUGGAACAGUCAAAAAAGGUGCCUCAAAAAUGACCAUGAGUUCCACUGACACUCAGAAAAGGAAACGCGCUCAGAGCGAAUCUGCUGCUGCAACUCUCGGGGUGGCCGAGGCGACUUCUCAUCAAUGGUCGCACCAGACGGAGCAGAAGCAGAGCUCUACUUUUACCAAUGAAGGUUACAUGAGAUCUCAAGAGUCGAUCGAGCCUACACAAGUUCAUUCCCGGACUCAGGAAUUAAGACGUGCUCAAAGCGCAGAUGAACUGUCCACCAUCGACUAUGACAUGUUUGCACAACGGCGUGAGUCGGCUCAGAGUAUUGUGAAAGGAGGUAGGGGUCAAGAUGGUUACAUGAGGAUGAAACAGUCUAGCCGAGGUUCCUCAAUCGAUGUAACGGACGGCGGGAUUCAAAUGGGAACAGUAGAUGUGGCCAUCGGGGGUAUCGGGGCACCGAAUGUCCGACGGGGAUCGAGUCAGUUCUAUGGAAUGGAAGAACAGGAAAUGACAUUCUCAGCAGAUAACGGUGGACGUCAUUAUUAUGAAUUGGAAGACGGGGGAUACCGUACCGAAGAAUGGUAUACCCGUGGGGGACAUGAACCCGGUCGGUUGAGGGAGGAAGGAUUUAGGGAGAUUCAUGUAGAACAUCAGCCUAUCUACCACGAAACAGAGAACGUCAACCAGGGCUUCAGGCACAGCCGACUAGUCUAAUAAGAACAGCUGUGUGGUCGAAACUAUGUCGUUCCAAACAACGAAGACAAGAUAAGAUUACGAUCUAUCCAAGCACAAUUUCUAGAAAUUUUUUUAUAACCGAUGAGUCUAACUUGAUAGAUUCAAAGGUCGAACUCUUUUCCUGAACUCUUAAACAGUUGGGUUGAAUUGAUCGUGGCCCCGUUUGUAUGUGGAACCUACUGUCUGACAGCGUGUUUAGGAUAAGUUUAAUUUAAUUACACUUUAAGGGUUCCAUUGAGAGCGGAGAUACAGCAGCUACAGGUAUGAAUUAAGGUGCAGAUCUCUUGCUUUGCUCUCCGCAAGGUAAUUAGUGGAGGAAACGGAAAAUGCUCUCUUCUUCUUCUGAAUUCAAUGAAUUAAAAGCAUUAAUAGCUGAAUAAGAAAUUGCAGCAAAUUAAUUCUUUGGGAACCAUAUUGACAGCAUUAAUACCUCAUCCUUCCAAAAAACUUUUUUUUAAAAAAAAAAUUAUAAUACUAAGUGAGAAAUGUGUGAUUAUUAUCGUGAAUUAUUUUUUUAAAGUUAGAAAUCAGCUCUUUCUGCAUAUUGCCAAGUCCCUAUUGCCCACAGAAUUAACGAAGUUCACCUGUUUACGCACAGGCUACCAUCACGUUUUUCCAUUCAAGGAAGAAAAUCGUGUCACGCCAACCUACAAUUGACAGCAGUGUGCUUGGUUAUCUUUCUUUAGGCUAAUUACUUCAUUAGCAUAAUUUCUCUACAUUAUAAUUAUAUGAUUAAAAAUAGCGAGCAGUGCUUUUCUAGAGCAUCCUAUUUGGAAAUUUACAAGAAUUUUGUACAGUUGAAUUUUCUUUUUUGUAUAUUGAGAAUGGAAGUUGCAGCACAUUGCUAUUAUGUUGCACUUUACAUUAUUCAAUUUAAUGUAUAGAAUCGUUAUUUCCAUUGUAUUAGCUGGAGGCAUAGGUAUUCCUUGAACUAAGAUAUGGUUUGUUAUUAAAGUGCUGAUG